GGGUAUUUGCAUUUUUCAGGCAAAGCUCCGAUUCCUGCAACAAUGGCGCUCGCAGGACCAAGUAAUCUAACGGCACAGAAAUCCCACUUUCAUCACAGCUCGAGAAAGCUCUCCCCAAAGCUCCACAUUGUCUAUGCUGUUCACGCAGCCGACCCAGCGAAGAAAUCCAACGGAGCAGCCGUUGAGAUCAAGAUUGGGUCUUCGUCGUCGAAUUGGACACUCGAGGGAUGGAAAUCCAAGAAGGCGCUUCAAAUUCCUGCUUACCCGAAUCAAGUGGAGCUCGAUUCCGUUCUGAAAACUCUUGAGAGCUUCCCUCCGUUGGUGUUUGCUGGAGAGGCGAGGAAGUUGGAGGAGAGGCUCGCGAAAGCAGCAAUUGGAGAGGCGUUUCUGCUCCAGGGAGGUGACUGUGCUGAGAGUUUUAAGGAAUUUAAUGCUAAUAACAUUAGGGAUACCUUCAGGGUUCUGUUGCAGAUGGGUGUCGUCUUGACCUACGGAGCUCAGAUUCCCGUCAUUAAGGUAGGAAGGAUGGCUGGCCAGUUUGCAAAACCUAGGUCUGAUCCAUUUGAGAUCAGGGAUGGGGUGAAGCUCCCCAGUUAUCAGGGAGACAAUAUCAACACUGAUAUCUUCGACGAAAAAUCUAGAGCUCCAGACCCCCAAAAACUGAUUAGAGCCUACACUCAAUCAGCAGCAACUUUAAACCUUCUCAGAGCAUUUGCCACUGGUGGAUAUGCAGCAAUGCAGAGAGUGAAACAGUGGAACCUCGAUUUCACUGAUAACAGUGAGCAGGGAGACAGAUACAAGGAAACUGCACAGAGAAUAGAUGACUCCCUGGGGUUCAUGGUUGCUUCUGGACUCACCAUGGAUCAUCCUAUAAUGACCACCACUGAAUUCUGGACAUCCCAUGAAUGUCUUCAUCUUCCCUAUGAGCAAGCAUUGACACGAGAGGAUUCAACAACUGGUCUCUACUAUGAUUGCUCUGCUCACUUCCUUUGGGUAGGUGAGAGGACUAGACAGUUGGAUGGAGCUCAUGUUGAAUUCCUCCGAGGUGUAGCCAAUCCUAUUGGAAUAAAGGUGAGUGACAAGAUGGAUCCAAAGGAGCUUGUGAAACUAUGUGAAAUUCUAAACCCUCAUAACAAGGCUGGAAGAUUGACAAUAAUUGUACGGAUGGGUGCGGAGAACAUGCGAGUCAAGCUCCCCCAUUUGAUCAGAGCAGUUCGCCAAACAGGGCUUAUUGUCACCUGGGUGAGUGAUCCCAUGCACGGAAACACUAUCAAGGCUCCAUGUGGCCUUAAGACCCGCUCAUUCGAUGCAAUCAGGGCAGAGUUGAGGGCUUUCUUCGAUGUACAUGAACAAGAGGGGAGCCGUCCAGGUGGAGUUCAUUUGGAGAUGACAGGGCAGAAUGUCACAGAAUGUAUUGGAGGAUCAAGGGUAGUGACAUAUGAUGAUUUGAGCUCCCGCUACCAUACACAUUGUGAUCCCAGGCUUAAUGCAUCACAAUCAUUGGAGCUAGCUUUUGCCAUCUCAGAGAGGUUAAGGAAGAAGAGGAUGAUGAGGUCUGGUCAGACAUUUGCUUAGACUGCAUGCUAUGAAGGCAAUUGUACUGUUAUAGGGUGUUAAUCUUUGAAUGGAUUUUUUAUUGUUGGACCUAUAAUUUAUUUUCUUAAUUUGGUCUUUCCUAGAGAAAUUUAGUUUACUUGUGAGGAAUUAAUUUUUUUUUUAUCCUUUGUACCUAAAAACCUUGCAAAUGAAAUUUGUCGACUAGAAUUCAGUCUU